AGAAGCCAAAAACAUUACUGCAUCUGCAUUACACCAUUACUCUCUCUUCUCUCUCUAGUCUGUAGCCUCUUCCUUCUCCAAAUCUCCACCGCCUGACCGCCACAACGUCAACCGGCACUGGGCACCGGCCAAGUUGCUUCGUCCGUUCGUCGCUUCGAGCCUUCGACAUUCGACAACCGACAGUAAACAGUUCGAGUGUUCUGUUCGACCUUCGAUUAAUCGAUUCGCGACGCUUCCAGCUUCCUCUUCCUCUUCAAUUCCAUACUUCGACUGUUCGACACUUCGUCACUUGUUAAAGGUCAUCCGAAAGUACACUUGGCAAACACACUCUAAAGUUGGGAUUAUCCAAGAUUAAUCGAAAGUUGGGGUUAUUGUAAGAAAAUCGGUGAAAGAUUAGAUUAUUCUGGGUUUCUAAGGUGGAAGUGCUGAUUCUGGAAUCUGGAUUCAAAGAUGGUCAAUAGUUGUUGGGAAAUUGUCCAUAUACCGGGAAAACCACCUUUAUCACCUACCCAUCAACCUACAGUUAACGUCUUUGCAUCGGUUAUUGAUCCAAAACUCGCGAACACUUUAGUGAGGAAAUUGAACAAGAUUACCCCAUUGGAAAAUCUUCGACAUGUGAAGCGAGUUCGUAAGAGUUGUUUUGAUGGGAAAGUCCAAUUAUCCGUGAUCUUGUGUCUAACUGGUGACAAUGGCGUUGAUCUGGGUAGCAUGCCUAUGGAUUUGUUGGAGCUCACGAAUUACUAUCAUUUGAGUCCCUUUGUAACCCAAGUCUGCAAAUAUGCUGCGACAACAAAAGAGGAGUGGGAAGAACAAUGUAAACUAUGGCCAACCUCAUUUCAUCCACCUACAUACAACAUUGAUGGCAUCACUGGUUUCAAUGAGGAAGACUCAAAAGUGGUUUUCAACUACAUGAAUGUUGUGCUAAAGUUGUCAAAAUCUGCCGGUAGUCAGUUUGUUAAUGCUGCGGUUAUUGUGGAUCCAUCUUCAAAUCUAGUAAUUACAAGUGCGUGUGAUGAAAUGUCUUCAUGGAACAUGCAUCUUGAUGGAAAUGAAGCGCACUUGCUAGACUCAACGGAAGGCACAAAAUUUCUUGAUGUUGCCAAUCAAUCUUCAUUGAACUUUAAUUUGAAUGGUUCACCUUGUGAUCUUGAAACAUCUCGCAACAGAGUUUCUUGUAUAAACCCGUGGCAGUGGUCUCAGCAACAUUCGUCAUCACCCAUGUCUUGUUCUUGGAACCCUCUGCGGCAUGCUGCUAUGGUUGCCAUCGAGUAUUCUGCUUCUAGGGAUCGACAUCUUUACCCUACUGUGGAAAAAGCUGAUGAAAAAUGUUGUCAAUUCGAUCUAGAUGCAGAUUUAGUUGCACGAUCACCGGUCAAGCGACAGAAGAAAACUUUAAGUGAUAUAAAAAAUGAUGAUUAUGUUCCAGCCAAUGGUUUUCCUUCCGAAUCAGAAAGACCUUACCUGUGUACUGGUUAUGAUAUUUAUCUUGCCUGGGAACCAUGUGCAAUGUGUGCCAUGGCUCUUGUGCAUCAAAGAAUCAGGCGUAUAUUCUAUGCUUUUCCGAAUCCAUGUACGGGUGCUUUGGGCAGUGUAUACAGAUUACAAGGUGAGAAAAGCUUGAAUCAUCAUUAUGCUGUGUUUCAAGUUCUAAUGCAUGAUGAAGCUCUUGGUGGUGUUGAAGACGCAAGAAGAAUCGAUAAAGACGAUCGAUAUAAUGACACACGUUAAGUCUGCAUGUGAUCAAUCACAAAUAUACGUCGACAUCAUCAUCUUGCAUUAACAUCACGAGGAAUGCAAAGCUUUCAGAUGCGCAUUUUCUAAUUACACUGGUAUUUUACUGGUAACAUUGAUUUAUUAGAGGUGAUUCAAAGUAAUUUGAUGAUGUUUUUUUGUUGGUAGAUUUCUUUUCUUUAAAACCAUGGAAUCAUGGACUAUCAAAGUAAUACUUAUACUUUUCGUUGUUAAUGAGCGCUGAUGCUCAUAUGCAAUGUCGCCAGCAUUUUUGGUAAAUGUACAUUUGCCCCUCACUGAAAAAGGUUUGAUUUUUUAAUAUU